AACAGGCCAGCUAUGAAUGGCGUUCCAUUAACUCGUACAAACGCUUGGGCAUUUUCUAACUAAUGUUAUCUUGCAAAUUUCAAUUUUUCAUGACUUCAAAAGAUCUUAAACAUAUUAAAUGAUCACUUAUUACAUAAGUAACUUGACAGCCCUCAAAAGUUGCCCCGGAGAUUAUUUUAGGUUAAAGAUCAAAGUACCAUUUAAAUGGAGGACAAGGGAGAAAGUCUGAAUGUGAAAGAACUCGAUUUAUACAGGGAAACACCAGUUCGUUAUUUAGGGUACGCAAACGAAGUGGGAGAGGCAUUCCGAUCGAUUAUAGGUGCUAAAUGGGUUAAUUUCACGUACUUUGUUGCCACUUUAUACGUUUUAGCUGAUACUGCUGAUAAGAGUGCCAAGAGUUUUAAGCAGACAAAUAAAAAUGAGACAAAUCACAUCAAGAAAGUUUUAUACACGACAACCGAUACGUUGGUAUGGCAAUUAUUAGCGUCUGUGAUAAUACCAGGUUUCACUAUAAAUAGAUUGUGUUAUGCAUCAAACAUACUAUUGAAAAACUCGAGGAAGCUGCCUCAUGAAGCUAGAAAAUGGAUGGUGACAGGAAUCGGUCUUACAGCAAUCCCUUUCAUUAUUAAACCUAUCGAUGAAUUUGUAGAUUACGCUCUAGACGAAUCCAUUAGAAAAUUGCAACCUUAGUUAUGCAUGCUGAAAAAUUGUAUUUCUAUUAUUAGUGAAUUUACAUCUAGGUAGUUGCUGGUUCCACUAUAAAAAUAGACUGAAAGUUUACCUUUAAAUAUAAGUAGUAUAUAUAUAAUGUGUAGUAAGAAAAAUUAAAAGCAUAUACCUUUUGAUAAUUUAUGACAUCCAUGCUCGUAUCAUGUUCUUAAACAAGAAACAUCAAAAUUUGUAUUAAGCAUGAUGCGCUUCUCGAUAAUAGUACCUAAACAUGUUAAAUAAUUUUUAUAUUUUCAGCAUUGUUGUGAGGAUAAGGAAUCUUUAAUGAGGUACAUAAUAAGAUUGGCUCAUUUUGGUACCGCAUUUUUUAUAAAGAUACACACUAGGUACGUAUUUCGUUUAUUAUUUCACAAUAGGUCUGUUUUAGGUCCUUGUCACUGAUUGGGUAUUGUCGUUGGUGCAUUAUUAGCGAAUGCUUAGCUUUGGCAAUAAAUUUCGUGUGUAAUACCAAUAGAAGUACAUGUAAUUUAACAACUCAACGUGUUCUGAUAUUUCUGCCAAUUAGUUUUUAAGUGUUCAUAUGUAUAGGUAUCAAGGAUAUCUGUUACUGUUAGUUGCAAAAUAAAAAAUAAAGUUUAGUGAGGU